UAUAAAGCCAGUCAGAACCCUCGUUUCAUCACUCUCCCGGGUCGACGCCUUACGGUUACCAGCUACGUCCACAGGACUACGAUUAAUGACAACGUUUGAAACCGUUGCAUAGGAUUCUUCAUUUCAUUUCUCAAGUUUUCAAGCCAAAGCUCCAGCAUGUCUCUAGUAACACUUCAGGACAAGGAAGGCCACAGCAUGAAGGUGUUGUCGUCGAACGGACACCUCUUCCACUCCGUCGCCCUUCCUAUCUCCUACGACGAACACCUCGAGAACGUUAGUGACCUCGAAGUCCGACAUGACGACGUCUUGUUCUGUGCUUACCCGAAAUCAGGAACUCACUGGUUGUGGGAAGUGACGAACAUGGUGAUGAACGGACGCGCUGAGUACAGCAAGGACAGGAACGACGUCGGAAUGUUGGACUUCAUCCACCGCGACAACAUCGACGGCCUCUCAUCUCCACGCAUCCUCAACACCCACUUCCGCCCCUGCCAUCUUCCCGAGCAGGUGGUGGACAAGAAGCCCAAGGUCAUCCUCGUCGUCAGGCACCCCAAGGACAUCGCCGUCUCCUACUACAACAUGGUGACGGGGAAGAAGGACGCCGCCAACAACACAGUGGACAAACUCAAGCCCCAGGACAGCUACGAGGGGAAAUGGAAACACUUCCUCGACAUGUUCCUAGAAGGCAAAGUGCCCUACGGAUCCUGGUUUGACUACAUCGAGUCCUGGGACACAAUCAUGAGGGAAAACCCCGACCUGCCCGUGCACAUUGUGAAGUUCGAGGACAUGAAAAAGGACCCUGCGGAGCAGGUGAAGAAACUGGCCUCCUUCCUGGGGUCGGACAUUGGUCCCCAGACCUGUGAGGAGAUCGCCGACGCCUGCAGUUUCCACAAGCUUAAGAAGGCAUGUCACGGAACCAAGGACAUGUUGUGCGCCAUCAGCUGGAAGGCCGGCGGAGGACUCUUCAGGAAAGGGAAAGUUGGAGAAUGGAAGAAUUGGUUUGACGACGCUCAGAAUGACCAGUUCGAUCGAGUUUACAACAAGAAGCUAUCUCAGUUAUCCUACCUAAACAGAUACCAGAUGUAAUCCAGCCUCCCCAUCUUAUCUCAUCACCUUCUUCAUCGUCAUCACGGAAACGCGCAUUUCCUGUCCACUCGUGUCAUUCCGACACAAGCCGAGUAGUGACGGAAAUCGGCGUUUGGUGACGAGGGGAACCUGACAUUGCCUGCUGGGUAAUGAUUCACUGAAGAUUUACCACAAGGAUCUGCUGACAAUCGAUCAUUGAUGAUGACACAACCAUGAUAAUCCACUGGGAGAGGCGUGAAUAUUCAGUUAUAUCUGAUUCCAAAUUUGGUGAUAUUUUCAAUACUCAUUGAACUCUGUGGCUUCCUGUCUGAACUCCUUGAACUAUCUUUCUUUGGCAUCGUUCAUGUUCACAUUGUAUAUAUCUGUUCGAGCCAAAGUUAUAGGUGUUUAUUUGGUAUUAAGUUUUAAAACUGUAAGACGGAAGAUGAUUUUCUUGAAGGAAGAAAACGUUUCUGAAUGUUGACAAUGUGCAAGUACCAUGGCUGAAAAUGUCCAUGUUCUUUGUUUUUAGUGUAAAUAUUCCCUUGUUAAUAAUUAUUCUGUUAUGAUUUUGUUUUGUUUGUAAAUAAAACAUACUUGGCUCUA